AUGGCCUCCACUGGAUCUGUCAGUAUGCAGGGCUCGGAGAAAGAAGAUACGACUUCGUCUCUAGAUAACAAAGCUUCUGAAUCUGUUAAAUCGAGUCGUAUUCAUGUUCAAGAGGUUUUGAAUGAAUAUCAUAUCAACACCACCGCCACCAGUGGGGCUUUCCCUGAAGGAGGAUACCGUGCCUGGUACAUCAACUCUUUCGGUGUCUAUCAAGACUUUUAUGUCCGUAGAUAUCUGUCGGCCGUCUCACCAAGCAAUAUUGGGUGGAUUGGAGGCGUCCAGAUUUGUCUAACGUUUUCGUUAGGUGCUAUCACCGGCAGGAUAUUUGACAGAGGCUACUGCAAGGCCUUGAUGAUCAGUUGCACUCUCGUUUACGCGUUGUCGUUGUUCACGCUCUCGCUGUCUCACGAAAACUCGUAUUAUCAGGUCUUUUUGACAAAUGGCAUUGGACUGGGAACGGCAUCUGGGUUGACAUAUACAUCGAGCUUUGCUUUGAUCGGCCAUUACUUCUCAAAAAGAAGGUCACUUGCAGUAGGAAUUGUAUCGUCAGGUUCAGCAAUAGGCGCGAUUCUCCAUCCCAUCCUCGUCAACCGCCUCAUCAAUGGCCGCGUCGGAUUCCACAACGGCGUCCGCAUAAGCGCGUCCAUCAACGUCGCACUGCUUAUCAUCGCAACGUGCAUCCUCAAGACCCGGCUACCACCGAAAACGAACCAGACGUUCCCCGUGAAGAAGUGGAUGCGCGAGCCGCCAUAUCUUGCUAUUAUGAUUGCGUCACUGGAUGCCAUUAAACACGGUGUGCCCACACACCUCGCAUUUUACGCCGUUAGUAUUUUAUCAACUCCCCAAUAUCCUUUCGAAGUUCCACGGGAUAUUCAGUGCUAA